AUGUCUGUAUUGGGCUUACUUUCCUUAUUCUUGGGCCUUGCGCUUGUUUUUGCGGAUGAUGCCGACACCCGUCGUUGCUACGCAUGCCAAUGGGCGCCAAUGUUUGCGGGAAAAGACUGCAAAAACCCCGGUCCCGAAACCGCGACAUGUGCUGGGAAAGUCUGCGUCACCACCAAGAUACAACUGGGAGCGAUCAACGCCACGGCUCGGGGUUGCGCAGAGGAGAACGACAUGGCUAGGUGGGUGAGGAUGCAUCCGGGCUGCAUGUCGUUCAGCGAUCAUAAAGGAGCGAAUUUCGAGAUUUGCACCUGCUGGAAGGAUCGCUGCAACGACAAC